UAUUCAUCACAUUACUCCCAUGGGCCUUUCCGCUCUCAAUCACAACUAUUUAUUUUUCCCCGGCUCCCAAAAAAACUACACUCUUUGUUCCCCUUAAGUCACGAGUCGCCAGCCACUCUCAUGUCAGACUCAAAACUGUACUUAGUACACGCUAAAAUCUCAUACCACUAUUUCAUUCUAGUCACUCUUUUAUUUUAACUCCGUUUCUAUAAAUAUAUACAUUCAAUUCAAAACUUGAAUACUAGUCUUAAACCAUGGCCGCAGCUUUAGAAUGCUGGUCGAGCCGAACCAGUACGGAUGAAGACAUGGUGGAACAAGUCUUAAUGAGAACAAAUGAUAGAUCGGAGGCUCAACCGGAAAAUGCUUCUUCAUCCGGUCCAAGCAAUGCCGGUUCAGAUGGAGGUUUUAAAGAGUCUUCAGCUAUGCAGAAGCGUUUCCAGAGGUUGAGCCGGAAUGUUUCUGAGGCCAUUGCUUCACUUAAGAACUCGCUUAACAUUGACUCGGUUCGUGAGUCGACUGGUCCUCCCUCGAACCGGGUCGAAACUUGUCGGAAACAUGUUUGGGGUAGUGUAGUACGUAGCUUGACUCAACUUUACCCUGGCAGUCAACUUCCCGAGAAGCUUGUCUCUAACAUUCGCAAGCAUUACGAUUCUUUGCCCCUCAGCUAUGCGCAAGCGGGAUUCGAAAUGAAGGAGGUGUUUUUACAUAUUAAAUUGAUGGAGCAAGCGUCAGUAGAGGACCAACCAGCGAUUAUGAUUGAAGAGUUGUUUGAUGAUGACGUGGCUGGGGUUAUUUUCAAGCUUACAUUUGCUUGUAACUGUUCCAUUUCGUGGCCUGCAAUGUCUGGGGCGCUUGACAGUGCUUCCAUUUGUUGUAAAAAGAUACAGAUCUUCGAAAAGAAAAGUUUUACAUUGGGGGUUGUGAUGCUUUUGGUUCAAUCUGGAGGAGAAAGAAUGUUUAGGAGUCGGAUUGAAAAUGCCAUCAAAUCAGCUGUUAAGAAGCCGAAAUCUACUUCUAUGAAGCUACCCUUUGGGCUUUGUGGAUGUCAAGAGGAGAACACAAGAAGGAGAGAGUUAGGAGAGAUUGAAGAGAAUAAUGGGCAGGUUAAUUACAGAAAUGGGUUUGAGAAUUUGAGCUCAGAAGUUCAAUUGCAAAUUCCUUUACCCGGUGAAACAUUUACUGUGUCAGUUGAUGAAUGGCAGACAGUGCAAUCUUGUGGAGAUGAGAUUGGAAGGUGGUUGUUGAGCUCGGAUAAUCUCGAGUUUGCUGAUCAGAUUGGACCUAAUACAUUUAGAGGGGCAUACAAGGGCAAAAAGGUUGGAAUUGAGAAACUAAAGGGAUGUGAUAAGGGCAAUGCCUAUGAAUUUGAGCUUCGAAAAGAUUUGUUGGAGUUGAUGACUUGUGGGCACAAGGGUAUAUUGCAACUUUUUGGUGUUUGCAUUGACGAAAAUCAUGGGUUGUGCGUUGUGACUAAGUUGAUGGAAGGUGGAACGGUUCAUGACUUAUUGCUCAAGAAGAAGAAACUCCAGACUAAAGAGAUAAUGAGGAUUGCCAUUGACAUAGCUGAGGGAAUUAAGUUCAUGAAUGAUCAUGGAGUUGCAUAUAGAGAUCUUAAUACACAGAGGAUCUUGUUAGACAAACAAGGGAAUGCUUGCUUAGGUGAUAUGGGUAUUCUUGCUGCUUGCAAUAGUGUUGGUGAAGCCAUGGAGUACGAAACAGAUGGUUAUAGGUGGCUAGCUCCUGAGAUCAUUGCAGGUGAUCCAGAAAGUGUUACAGAGACAUGGAUGAGUAAUGUGUAUAGUUUUGGAAUGAUCAUAUGGGAAAUGGUGACAGGUGAGGUAGCAUAUUCUGCUUACUCACCAGUACAGGCUGCAGUUGGAAUUGCUGCUUGUGGGCUUAGACCUGAAAUUCCAAAGGAUUGCCCCCAAAUCCUGACAUCUCUUAUGAUAAAGUGUUGGAACAAUUGCCCUUCAAAACGUCCUCAGUUCACUGAAAUUCUGUCAACAUUGAUCCGACCCGGCAGUAGUAGCGGCAAGAAUCUUAGGUAAUAAAAUUACUAUCCCAUAGUUCUGAUGCAAAUGAGUUUAAUAGAGGCGAUAAAAUAGAGUAGAUGCCCAAAAUCCCAGAUGUACAUCUGUGAAAUCAAGUUUUGUUUAGUGCAAUCCAAAUUAAAGCCUUCUCCUUAUUUGGGAUGUUUUUCCAGCUUAUAUGAAAUAUUUUGUGGUUAACACAUUGUGUACCCUCCUAGUAUGCUCAUUUUUAGUGACUGGGCUUUCUGGUAUUGUAUGCAUUAUGAUUAAAAAACUAGGGAAAGCAGAUAAAGACAAAUAGGAGAAAAACGAUUGAGGCAUGAUGGAACAACAUGGAGUAAUUUGAAGGGCUUUUGAUUUCAGCUGUUCUUUUAUGUUUUUAUGGUGGCUAGCAGAGGGUCCCAAUUAGGGUCCUUUUGUUUUUGGUUUCUCACCAGGUAAGUGGAAUAUAGGACAUGAACCAUUCCUGUACAUAGGUAAAGUUGUACAUAUCAAUUCAAUGUUCCAACUUUUGAAAGCAAUUUCAAAUGGAUUUAAAUACAAGAUGUUGACUCCUGAAUCUGUUACUGUUCUGUUCUCUCUGGCUGUAUUGUUAGAAUUUAGAACUUUCUAACUCUUAUUGCUAAGUCGCACAUGGUUCGAGACAAAUUUGUU